GGCAGCGAGGGGCCGGGCGGAUGUUGUGAGCCGGUGGCGACGGGCGGACGGACCGACAGCCGGGCGGCGGGGAGGCUGGGGGUUGCUCUGACCUCACCUGCUCCCAAGCCCUCCUGCCUUUGCAGGGCCGUGGUCUGGAAGAGCCCGUGGCUGGCGUGCAGGAGACAGAACACAUCUGGGCUCAACAUCUGGGACCACCGGCACUUCCCAUGAGAGGUGAAGGAUGGCAUCCAAGGGGGCCGGCGUGUCCUUCUCCCGCAAGAACUAUAGGCUGAGCUCAGAUGCGGAGAAAUCCAGGGCCACCGGCAUUGUACACGAGAAACUUCUGAAUGACUACCUGCACCAAAUCUUUCCCUCUCCUGACCACGAGCCCCCCACAACCACCAGCAGGAAAUCCCUGAACUUCCAGAACCUGCCAGAGCAUUUGGAUCAGCUACUCCAGGUGGACAAUGAGGAGGAGGAAGGCCAGGGGCAGGUUGAAGGGCGACUUGGCCCAUCCACUGUGGUUCUGGACCACACCGGAGGCUUUGAGGGCCUUCUUCUGGUAGAUGACGACCUUCUGGGGGUGAUUGGCCACAGCAACUUUGGCACCAUCCGUUCUACCACCUGUGUAUAUAAAGGGAAAUGGGUGUACGAGGUGCUCAUCUCCUCCCAGGGGCUCAUGCAGAUUGGCUGGUGCACCAUCAACUGCCGCUUCAACCAGGAGGAGGGCGUGGGAGACACGCACAACUCCUACGCCUAUGACGGCAACCGAGUGCGCAAGUGGAACGUGACCACUACCAACUACGGCAAGGCGUGGGCAGCGGGGGACAUCGUGAGCUGCCUGAUUGAUUUGGAUGACGGAACUCUGUCCUUCUGCCUGAAUGGCGUCUCGCUGGGCACUGCGUUUGAGAACCUGGCCCGGGGCGUGGGCAUGGCCUACUUCCCAGCCAUCAGCCUGUCUUUCAAGGAGUCUGUGGCCUUCAACUUUGGCAGCCGUCCUUUGCGCUACCCAGUGGCGGGCUUCCGGCCCCUGCAGGACCCGCCGCGUGCCGACCUGGUGCGGGCGCAGAGAUUGCUGGGCUGCUUCCGGGCAGUGCUCACGGUGGAGCUGGAUGUGGUGGAAGGGCGGCUGGUUCAGAAGGAGAGCUCGGAGCGGCAGCUGCAGGGCCAGCCCACCAUCCUGCUUACCCUGGCCCACAUCUUCCACCGCUUCGCCCCACUCCUGCGCAAGGUGUACCUGGUUGAGGCCGUGCUCAUGAGCUUCCUGCUGGGCAUCGUGGAGAAGGGCCCGCCGGAACAGACGCAGCCCGUGGUCCACCAGGUCCUGGACCUCCUGUGGCUCUUCAUGGAAGACUCUGAGAUUCAGGACUGCCUCAAGCAGUUGAUGAUGUCUCUGCUGCGGCUGUACCGGUUCUCACCCAUCGUUCCAGAUCUGGGCCUGCAGAUCCACUACCUGAGGCUCACCAUCUCCAUCCUGAGCCACGAGAAGUCCCGCAAGUUUCUGCUUAGCAACGUCCUCUUCGACAUGCUCCGGUCUGUCGUCUUCUUUUACAUCAAAAGCCCCCUGCGCGUGGAGGAGGCCGGCCUGCAGGAGCUCAUUCCCACCACUUGGUGGCCCCAUCGCUCCAGCAAGGAGGGCAAAGAAGGCAAGGAAGUGAAGGAGGAGACCCCCGAGGAGCGGCAGAGACGGCGGGCCUAUGAGCGGGGUUGCCAGAGGCUCAAGAAGCGCAUUGAAGUGGUGGAAGAAUUGCAGGUGCAGAUCCUCAAGCUCUUGCUGAACAAUAAAGACGAUAACGGGGGUGAAGCUUCCAGAUACAUCUUCCUGACCAAGUUCCGAAAGUUCCUGCAGGAGAAUGCCAGUGGCCGGGGGAACAUGCCCAUGCUCUGCCCCCCCGAGUACAUGGUGUGCUUCUUGCACCGGCUGAUCUCGGCGCUGCGCUUCUAUUGGGACGAAUACAAAGCCGGCCACCCCCGAGCUGCCCACAGCGAGGAGGCUUACAUCCCUCCGCAGAUCUUCUACAAUGGCAAAGUGGACUACUUUGACCUGCAGCGCCUUGGGGGUCUCCUCUCACACCUACGCAAGACCCUCAAAGAUGACCUGGCCGCCAAAGCCAACAUCGUGAUCGAUCCCGGGGAGCUCCAGGCGGCCAGCAUGGACGACCUGGACGAGGACGAGGAGCCGACCCCAGCAGCCGCCCAGCGCCCCCUGCAGGCCUUGGCCAUCGGGGGGGCCCUGCCUCUCCCCCGGCCGGGCUGGCUCAGUUCCCCGACCCUGGGCCGAGCCAACCGCUUCCUCAGCACCGCGGCCGUGAGCCUCAUGAGCCCGCGCCGGCCCCUGAGCUCCUCGGACAAAGUGAAGGUCCGCACGCUGACCGUGGAGCAGCGCACGCGCGAGGACAUCGAAGGCAGCCACUGGAACGAGGGCCUGCUGCUGGGGCGCCCCCCCGAAGAGCCCGAGCAGCCCCUCACCGAGAACUCGCUGCUGGAGAUCCUGGACGGCGCCAUCAUGAUGUAUAACCUCAGCGUCCACCAGCAGCUGGGCAAGAUGGUGGGCGUGUCUGAUGACGUCAAUGAGUACGCAAUGGCUCUGAGGGACACAGAGGACAAAAUCCGCCGGUGCCCCAAGAGGCGGAAGGAUAUACUGGCAGAGCUCACCAAGAGCCAGAAGGUGUUCUCGGAAAAGCUGGACCACCUGAGCCGCCGGCUUGCGUGGGUGCAUGCCACUGUCUACUCCCAGGAGAAAAUGCUGGACAUCUACUGGCUGUUGCGGGUCUGCCUGCGGACCAUCGAGCACGCUGACCGCACCGACUCGCUCUUCGCCUUCAUGCCCGAGUUCUACCUGAACGUGGCCAUCAACAGCUACAGCGCCCUCAAGAACUAUUUCGGCUCUGUCCACAGCAUGGAGGAGCUCCCAGGCUACGAAGAGACGCUCACCCGACUGGCCGCCAUCCUCGCCAAGCACUUUGCUGACCCGCGCAUCGUGGGCACUGACAUCCGCGACUCGCUGAUGCAGGCCCUGGCCAGCUACGUGUGCUACCCACACUCCCUGCGGGCCGUGGAGCGGAUCCCCCAGGAGCAGCGCGUCGCCAUGGUGCGGAACCUCCUGGCCCCCUACGAGCAGCGGCCCUGGGCCCAGACCAACUGGAUCCUGGUUCGGCUCUGGAGGGGCUGCGGGUUCGGGUACCGCUACACCCGGCUGCCACAUCUGCUGAAAACCAAGCCCGAGGAUGCCAACCUGCCCAGCCUCCAGAAGCCCUGCCCCUCCAUCCUGCUGCAGCAGCACAUGGCCGACCUCCUGAGGCAGGGCCCGGAGGUGGCGCCCAGCUUCCUCAACAGCGUCCUCAACCAGCUCAACUGGGCCUUCUCCGAGUUCAUCGGCAUGAUCCAGGAGAUCCAGCAGGCCGCCGAGCGCCUGGAGCGGAACUUCGUGGACAGCCGGCAGCUGAAGGUGUGCGCCACGUGCUUCGACCUGUCGGUGAGCCUGCUGCGCGUGCUGGAGAUGACCAUCACCCUGGUGCCCGACAUCUUCCUCGACGGCGCGCAGCCCACCUCCGAGAUGCUGCUGCGGCGCCUGGCGCAGCUGCUGAACCAGGUGCUCAACCGCGUGACGGCCGAGAGGAACCUCUUCGACCGCGUGGUCACCCUGCGGCUGCCCGGCCUGGAGAGCGUGGACCACUACCCCAUCCUGGUGGCGGUGACCGGCAUCCUGGUGCGGCUCCUGGUGCACGGCGGGGCCUCCGAGACAGAGAGGGCCACGUCGGUGCUCCUGGCCGACCCCUGCUUCCAGCUCCGGUCCAUAUGCUAUCUCCUGGGGCAGCCAGAGCCCCCGGCCCCUGGCGCCGCCUUACCCGCCCCUGACCGGAAGCGCUUCUCCCUGCAGAGCUAUACUGAUUACAUCAGCGCCGAGGAGCUGGCCCAAGUGGAACAGAUGCUGGCCCACCUGACGGCUGCGUCUGCCCAGGCAGCAGCGGCAUCGCUGCCCACCAGCGAGGAGGACCUCUGCCCCAUCUGCUAUGCCCACCCCAUCUCUGCUGUGUUCCAGCCCUGUGGCCAUAAGUCCUGCAAAGCCUGCAUCAACCAGCACCUGAUGAACAACAAGGACUGCUUCUUCUGCAAAGCCACCAUCGUGUCUGUAGAGGACUGGGACAAGGCGGCCAGCACGAGUACCACCUCGGCUGCCUAGGUUGGCCUAACGCUCACAGCUCAUAUACCAGCUUCCACCCUCGAACCCAGACCCAGGCCGAGCCGUACUUAGGAGCUCCCUUGGCUCUGUCCCCAUCGCCCUCACCCCACCCCGUCACCUUCUUGCCUGCGCAUAACCUCAGUGGAACCCCAGCCAUGGCCCUAAUUACGCCUGAGCUUGACUUUCAGUCAGGGGCACGGUGAACAUUAAAUUAUUAUUCCAUACAA